AUGUCUUUGAAUCAAAUGCAAAUCAAGCAGGAGAUCACCCUCCCACCUGGCCUGAGCAAAACGAUUUCAAAGCAAAGCCAAGAGCCUGAGCCGUGCACUGAGCCAGUCCCAUGUCCAGAGCAGCAACCUGAAGUGCAAGUCCCAGCACCUUGCCCAGAACCAGAGCCAAUAGUAGUGGUACCAUGCCCAGAAAAAACAGUGCCGUUGCCAACACCGGUGGUGGAACCAGGCAAGGGAGAAACACCAGUGGUCAUCAUACCCGAGUGCCCACCCCAGGAGCAGCAGCAGCAACAGCAGUGCAAGCUACCACCAACUUUCCCACCUGUACCGUGUCCUGAGCCUGUUCCAUGCCCUGAAGAGAAAUCAGCAUGCAAAGAGCUGCCUGUUUCUUGCUCUGAACAAAAUCCAUGUGUGCUGGAGAAGCAGGAGUGCAAGGAGAUCCCUCUGCCUGUUCCUGUUCCAUGCCCUGAACCUGCACCAUGUCCCCAGCAGAAGCAGGAGUGCAAGGAGAUCCCUCUGCCUGUUCCCAUUCCAUGCCCUGAACCUGCACCGUGUGCCCAGCAGAAGCAGGAGUGCAAGGAGAUCCCUCUGCCUGUUCCUGUUCCAUGCCCUGAACCUGCACCGUGUCCCCAGCAGAAGCAGGAAUGUGAGGAGAUCCCUGUGCCAAUCCCUGUUCCGUGCCCUCAACCCACGCCAUGUGCCCAAGAAAAGCAGCAGUGCGAGGAGAUCCCUGUGCCAAUCCCUGUUCCGUGCCCUGAACCCACACCGUGUCCUCAGGAGGAGCAGGAAUGUGAGGAGAUCCCUGUGCCAAUCCCUGUUCCGUGCCCUCAACCCGCACCGUGUCCCCAGCAGAAGCAGGAAUGCGGGGAGAUCCCUGUGCCAGCCCCAUGCCCUCCAGAGAAGCAGGAGUGCGAGGAGAUCCCUAUACCAAUCCCUGCUCCCUGCCCUGAGCCAGGGAAGUGCUCCCUUCCAGAGAAGUGUCCUCCCAUCGAGCAGCAGCAGGUGAAGCAGCCCAACCAGUGGCCACCCAUGCAGAAGUAACUUGCAGCUGU